CGUACGUCGAUCGUACGAUUUUGGCGGUGUCUUAUCAAACGUCGCAGACUUUCAUAAUCGUACGAUUAUCCUAAGAUCAUGCAUUUUCUCUGCGAUCGCUGAGAAGCAGUCGCAGAUCAAACAAAAUGGCCGCCUUACUACUUGUAAACGAGCGCCGCCGACGAAAAUCACGCUGUUUUCGGCAACGAACGGUUAAUAUUGAUUAUUUAACCGAUCGAGAAGUCAUUUCCCGAUACAGACUGAAUAAAGCAGCAAUUAAAGAGUUGGAGGAGCUCUGUCGGGCUGAUCUUUCCUCUAAAACGGGUCGAUAGCAGUCUAUUUGCAGCAUGACGAAGGUUCUUAUUGGACUUCGAUACCUCGCAAAAGGCGAUUUCAUAUCAGAAGUUGGAGACCUCCACGGGGUGUCUAAAGCCAGAGCUGCCAUUUACAUUCACCAAUUCAUACGAAGUGUAAACCUUCGAUUAAAGAAUAUUAGAUUUCCAACUGAGAGGUCAAGAUUACAUCAUUUGAAGAGGAAAUUCUAUGAGGAAUGUAGAAUCCCAAACGUAAUCGGAGCAGUAGAUGGAACCCUCAUCCCUAUUCAGGGUCCAUCACAGGAUGAGGCAGCUUAUGUCUGCAGAAAAGGGUUCCAUGCUCUUAAUGUUCAGGCAGUAGUCGAUGCUGAAAUGAGAUUCACAGAUGUUGUUUCAAGGUGGCCUGGUUCACAGCAUGAUGCGGCCAUUUUCAAUGCUUGUGGGUUAAAGACACAUUUAGAACAAAGUAAUAAUGGGUUGUUAUUGGGGGAGAGUGGUUACCCUCUAAGGAGGUACCUCUUGACCCCAAAGGUGAAUCCGACAACACCACAAGAGGAAGCCUUCAAUAAACACCAUAGCAGAGGCAGAAUGGUG